AUUUAAACUUCUUAGUAUUCAUUCCUUUCGAAAUUUCAUUAAUUUUGCCUUAAUUCUUGAUUUCUUUUAAAUACGUCCAUAAUGUACUUAUUGAAAAUUGACAAUGAAUUAUUCGUUAAAUUUUAAAGCUCAUGUGGAUUAACUUUUAUAUUUGCCUUUGACUUCUGUGUAUUAAGCUUAUGCUUCUUAUGUUGUGACUUAUAAUCAUAAUAAUACAGUAUUUAAUAAGAAGAGAGCUUAUGAUUCAGAGAAUAAAGGUUAUUAGUGUAUGCGCAUGGCUCAAGACGUCAUUGGGUUGGAGGGCGGAGUUUCGCGCCGCCCUGUGUCGCGGCGGCAGUCCGUUUCAGGCCGGCGUGCGCCCCGCACGGCCCCAUGGUGGAGCACGCGGUCGUGGAUUGCUCUCAGGCGAGCGCUAUGCAAACCCUUCCAUUGCAGCCGCAUCGCGAAGCUGAUGACGAUCAGCUCGCUGAUGAAUACGUACAGAACUUUGAGCUGGACCAUCUCGAAGAUCACAACCUGGUGAAACGUGAGCCGCUUCGUGGCGGAGCGUACGAAUUGAUACAAACGCCGCCGGCAUGUGCUCGUGCUCUCCGACCCUGGCCUGAUGCGGGACCGUAUCCACAACCGCAUGUAGCUAUCGCUGUUGAUCCCAGUACACCUCCUGAAACCCCUCCGGCGACGAUUGGCCGUAGUCCAUGUCGUGCCGCCCUAGUUGACGAUGUACUCUGGCUACCACAUAUGAGAGAGCCUCUUGACAUGCGUACAGUGCCGUGUGGAAGUUUUGAAGAAUGGGACAGGCGCGAGUGGAGAGAACAAGAUCAUUACGGACAACAAGUCGCACUGCGCCCAGCUAGUUCUUGUUCGGCAAUGUCUCCUCGCAACGGACCGCAUCCAUCAUAUCAGCCAUCCUCUUGCGGGGACGAUUUGAUUAGUGACGAUCUACUGAUGACCUUAAGCGUGCGUGAGCUGAAUAAGAGAUUGCACGGUUUCCCACGAGAAGAUGUAACGCGCCUAAAACAGAAAAGACGCACUCUUAAAAACCGCGGGUACGCGCAGAACUGUCGCAGUAAGAGAUUGCAGCAGCGGCAAGAGUUGGAAAUGACUAAUAGAACGCUACAAGAUGAGCUCCACGUGCUGCAGCUGCAGGUUGCCCGUGUGACGCACGAACGGGACGUGUUGAAGCAGCGGCUAGCGUUGAUGGGACGUGAGCAUGCCGUGCCGCAGCACGCACCGCCGACGCCGCACUCUUCACCUGAGUUCUUCUCGGAGCUGUGACGGCAGGGCGGGGCGCCGCGAGCCGGCGCCUCUGCCGCUGCCUCCUCCGCCUGCGCCUGGCAACGAUAUUGAGGUGGCGACAUACAGCACGACUCCGCGGCCUUUGCCGAGACUACUUUCGUGCUUUUGUUAAGUUUGAAAAAUAAAUAUUCAUCAGUUCCAGUUUAUAGUUUGAUAACGAGGUGGAACAAUUUGGCCAUUGUUUCCGACCCAAAUGGCUCAAGCACCGUGUUUAAAAUAUGGUUGUGUCGUAAGAUAUGCAUAGCUUUGUUAAAAUUACUUAAACUAAUUGUAUUAUCAAUAAAGUAAAAUUUAUGCAUUAAGUUUAAAUGACUCAAAAUCAAUAGCCAGAUAAUUGUACAUAGGACAUAAAUUUAACGAAUUUUACUCAUAGGAGAAUUUGUGUUUUCCUAAUAAAACAAUUAAAACAA